UUAACGUCAUCACUAUGCUGCAAAGUAUUAUCGUGAUGUGGUUCUAGGUUUUGGGUUCCUUUCUGUUUCGUUCAUUAAAUGCCUCCCUAGACGUGAUAGAAUUAAACUUACGAAAUGACAUAACACUACUUGUGUUCCUGAUAACUUACUCAAUUGUAAGGCAUAGUCAAUAAGUUCUUGCUACGCGACUUUAUAGUUUAUUUAGCUUCCAUUUCUAGCGAGCCAUCUUGCGAGCUUUAGCUAAGUUUGCCUUGAUAUUGUCGUUCAAGUUUAUGUUAGCUAGUGUUAUUUGAUAGUUUAGCUCCUUUUUAAACGAUCUCUUACAGGAAUCAUUAGUCCGCCAACCAGCCAUUGCCUCCAUGUUUUGUUUGACACAAUGUGGAAACUUAUUUGUAGGUACUACUUAUAGAGCCUUUCGAACAAAACACGUUUUCAUUUCAUUAGCGAGAAAGUUAAAUGAUAGGCGCUCGCUAAGGCUGUGCAUCUCGCAGAGUUUAGCUGGGUUUAAUGAACUGAGAUUGGUCGGAGUUCCGAGUACAGCAACAACUUCAAUAUUGGAGUUUCAUAAGAGGAGUACUUCUGUUUCAAGCACAAGGGAAAUGUCGUCUAACAAGAACAACAAAAUUCCUGACGGAUGGAUGGAUUACCAAGCAUUGGGAAAGAGAAUCCCUGGAACACGAUUCAUUGCAUUUAAAGUUCCCCUAAAACAGUCACUCAGGAGCUGCUUGCCUCCUUCUGAGGCCUUUGGCCCCUUUGACCUGGUGCAUUUGCUAGAGGAAGAGAAGGAAGAGCUGGGCCUCAUCAUUGACCUCACUUUCACAACGCGCUACUACAAUGUCACGGAUUUGCCAGACAGUGUGCAGUAUCUGAAGAUACUCACUGCUGGACAUCGAGUGCCAAGUGACCCAACUAUCCUGAGUUUUAAAAAGGCUGUGUACAGAUUUCUGCAGGAAAAUGAAAACAACGACAAGCUGAUUGGUGUACAUUGUACCCAUGGGUUGAAUCGCACUGGUUAUCUUGUGUGCAGGUAUCUAAUUGAUGUUGAAGGGAUGAUUCCAAGUAAAGCGGUCGCAUUGUUCAACAAGUCGAGGGGCCAUCGCAUAGAGAGAAAGAACUACCUUGACGACCUGUUCUCUAGGCGAGAGCGGAGCAACAAGGGCAUGGAGGAGCCAGACCAGGAUCCUAUUUGGGGCAGUGCUGGCUGUAGUCAAGAUGGCCCUCCUGUCUGUAGAUGCUCACACUUUGACAAGUCAUUGAAUCAGAGUCAGUCCUGUCCUGAUGAUCCUCCUUAUCCUCCUCGUGAGCCGAGCACUUGUGACCGCGAGCAGGCCUCGGGCAGGCCUCAGCACCCCGGUCCCCCUCCUUGCCCCGCGCUGCCAGGCCGUUCUGGGGCAGAGCAUGACCCCAGCGGUGGAGCAGCCUUGGGCGAGCGCUCCCCGUGCUGUCCGCACGGCCCUCCAGAGAAACCACAGCCAGCCCAGGGGAAGCCUCGCAAGCAGCGCCACAGAAAGAACAAGGGGAACCGGUCUAAACCGGAAGAGACUGGAGCCCUUUCUCUCACACCGUAACUCUAUAGUCCCAGUCUGCACAGCUCACAGCUUCAGAAUGCAUAAGUAAUCCGCUUUUAUGGGCAGUUUGACAGAUUGACUGACGAGAUUGUGUAAAACAUGGCCGUAGAACGUGGCGUGUCAUUUUGGUUUGGUUCAAAAGCUGAAAAAGUAAUCUGUCUAAAUUUUUGGCCUGGGGAAACUAGCUGAUCAUUAUAACUAGCCAGUAUUCUUUUAAUUGCUGUCUGUGUUUGGACGCUUUAGGGAAAUGGCUAUUUUUUAAAUUUUAGACUUUGGUCUUAACUAUAGUUAAAAAAAAAAAAUCAGAUUUAUACAUUUUUUUGCAUUUUAACUGAGCCUAUAUAGCAAAUAUUGGGGAUAUGUUUCAUUCUUUAUUGCCCAUUUUGACUGUAGUGCACUGCACAGUCUUAACCAUGGAAGAUACAAUGUGACCAAUGGAGGUCAGGUUGUUAUCACUGUAUUUCCCUGCUGUGCUGCAUUACUUUUAUUUAUUUAUUUUUCUUACAAGUUAUUACACACAUUAACGGCGCCUGAGCAUUAAUUUUAUAUUUAUAUUAAACAAUAGGUUUCACAGCUUCCCAAAAUUUCACUUUGUUAAAAGUACACAAGUACGAAAGUAAAUUUCUACUGACUGUGAGAUAGUAUAGACAUGUUUAUCAACAUAUUAAUUUCUGUACUGUGUAUAUGAUUUAAACCAAUACCAUCGAAUAGUAAAAUAGAAUAACUUUAUCUGUACCAGCCUUACAUAGACUUGUCUACAUAUUUUAUAAAAGCCUCACCUCACCUGCUUCCCCCAUGUUUUCAGUUACCACUAUAUUUCUUUGUUCCCAUUGUUUUCUAAACUCCUGUGGUGGGCGUCCAAUACCAAGACCAUGCUAAGAAUUUUUUUUUUCCUAAAAUAUUCAAAAAGGAAGCAUGUGUCCUUGCGAUAGCCUUGAGUGUGGAGCACUACCCCAGUCUAUCUUGCAUAAGAGAUAAGGAACAGAGACAGUUGAUCAAACUGUGAUGCCAUGACCCUAGAAGGUCUAGAUAACCUGAUCUGGAAUAACAUGUGGUCGUCUGACCAGAUAGUAAAGUGUUCUUUUUAGUCAGAUACUGGUAAUACUGUGCAAUAAUCAGUUGUAGGUAAGAAUGAAUAUAUUUAGAGGAAGAAAGAAUAGUGAAGGCAUGGUUCUUAUGUGUUAAAUAUAUACAUCAUUAUGCUUUUAGGUUAAAAUGUCUAAUAUAUAUCGCUACUGCACUAAUGUAAUGAUAAUCAGAUCAUGUGAUUUAGAAAUAAAAUUUUUUUUACAUAAUACAAUGUGA